GGCGAGCCUGCCGCUUGCCGCCCCCGACGACGACCUGAUAGACCCGAACUAGCGUCACCGCCCAGCUCAUGUCGACCUGACAGGCUUCAAGACAGGAUCGCAAGCAGAGGCCAGGCGUUUGUUCAGAUCUAGCCAUCAUGAGACAGCUCAAGCGGCUAUCAAAGGUCUUGACGACAUUGCUGCUGCCACUGUCAAGUCAUGCCUACCAAGUCUUGAUAACAGACGAGGAUGUGAGCAGGCAGACAUGCAGCGGCAUGUACGCCAAGGCGGGUCUCUUCACUCGCGGCGUACGAGAUCCAGCCAUCGAGGUUGUCUUUGGCGCAUCCUCAAUGGGUCAGGUCGCCCUCGUCAUCUACGAGUGGAGGGACGCUCGCUACCUGGGUGCAAGUCAAGCCAGCUCGGCCAACAAUACUCUCGACGCCGCUGACGGACUCGACCCAGACGAGCUCAACGAUCGUGCGGCGACGGGUGACAACGACGGCAGUGCAUCACUCGACUCGCCGGGUGCUCUGACCCUGAGAGCACUCACCGAUGAGCCUGCGCAACGAACGUACAUCUGUACUGGAGCUGCCAAUGCUGCAGGUCUCUGCGAGGAAUCCCAACUAGGCCAAUUUAUCGUGUCGGCGCCGGCCAAUACGAGCACGUCCAUCUAUACCAGGGCGGUCCAAUUCGGCGGCAUGAUAAGCAAUUCCGGACCUUUCAUCUACAACAUCACAAAGACGGGCUUCUAUUGCGUCGGCACGGUCCCUCUGUCUUCCAGCAGUGCGCCUGCAGCAGGCUAUCAGGACGCGCCUGCCUCAGACGAACCGGCAGAUCUCGCCCUCAGAGCGUCGUACGGUCCCGCGACUGUCUUCACAGGCGUCGUCGAUUUCCAGAACGUCUUCAAGGGUAACCUGCCUGCCUCUGAGUAUCCAAAAGUAGCGUUCUACUGUGUCUUGACUUUCCUCUACAGCUUCGUCGGCAUCGGCUGGGGCGCUCUUUGCGUCAAGAACAGGCGAGAUCUGCUGCCCAUCCAGCACUACGUUUCGGGCACGAUCGUAUUCCUCAUCUUUGAGAUGUUCGUGCUGUGGAGCUACACGGCCUACCUGAACACAAGUAGCAACAUUGCGGUCGCUCGCUUCUUGCUCGUCUUUGUCGCAAUGGUCAAUGCCGCACGCAAUAGUGCAAGCUUCUUCCUGCUUCUCAUCACUUGCAUGGGUUUCUCGGUCGUCAAGCCCUCGCUCGGGCCCGUCAUGAACAAAGCACGCAUCCUCGCCGUCAUCCACUUUAUCUUUGGCGUCCUGUACUCGGUCGGCACGGUCGUCAUACCGCUAGAAAGCGCAGGAAUCUUCAUCUUCUUCUUCAUCAUCCCGCUUGCUCUUUCCCUGACAGCGUUCAUGAUGUGGAUCAUGUAUUCACUCAACAGCACGAUUGCCGACCUAACGGCCCGCAAGCAGACGUUCAAGAAGCUCAUGUUCACUCGUCUCUAUCGCAUACUGAUUGGCGCCAUCAUCGUCAUUGCCUCCUUCUUUGUGAUCUCGUCGGUGUCUUUCUCUAGCAGACUAGAUGACAACUACGCUCCCGAUACAUGGCAGACUCGGUGGUUCUUACUAGACGGCUGGCUCGGCUCGCUCUACUUCAUCGUAUUCGCUGCCAUUGCUUUCGUAUGGCGGCCGACACCCAAAAACAGGCUUCUUGCAAUGUCGGAAGAGCUUGCGCAGGAUGAUGAUGGCGCAGAGUCUUAUGCAGUCACGUCGCUCCUGAGGAACAGACCGGACGAUCGCGACGCUGAAAGCAUUGGCAAAGAUGCCGAGGCGCACUCGCUCGUGCGCAAUGACGAGACUGUCUUCGAUAUUGGCGAGGAAGACCUUUCUGACUCGGACGAGGCGUCGAGUGGCAGGCACAAAGAUCGGCCGCCUUCGUAUCAAGAUCGCGAUCAUCAGGUCUAGAGGCCCUUAGACUACGUGUUUGUACCAUUGCAACUGUACAACACUCAUCGAUGCUCUUCUCGUCAGUCAAACGCCUCCAUCAAGCCGGACAGGAUCGCCGCGACCGCCAUCGCACCGGGAUCCGGGACUUCUGUCCCCUCACGCUCACCAAUGUAGGCCGCUCGGCCCAGCUUCGCUUUAAGAUUCUUCGUUCCCUCUGCGCCUGUAAUGGCAGCGGACACGGCCGUUCGUAGAACAUUCGAAAUAGUGAAAGUUUCGACAAACGGGAUGA